GGGCCAUGUGGCGGGAAUGGUCAUACGGGUCUCUUUGUGUUGAGCCCACGUGAAGUGCUUAUUCACAGUGCGUGUGGCUGGCGGUCAUAGUGCGCGCUUCUACCCAGCAUUCUUUCUCUCUUGCUCUCUGCGUCUCUUAUACAAGCUACAAUGGGUCGUCCUAAGGGUGCCGCUGGUUCUCCACGCAAGAAGGCCAAGGAUGCCAACAAGCCAAAGCGAUCAACCUCGGCUUAUUUCUUCUACCUGGCUCACUGCAGAGAGCAGGCCAGUAAGGCCGGGCGCUCUAUCUCCAAGAUUGCAGAAUUCACAAAGGAGUGCUCUGCCAAGUGGAGGGAGAUGCCUGCUUCCCAGAAAAAGCAGUUUGAGGACAGUGCAGCCAAAGACAAAGAGAGAUAUGACAAGGAGAUGGCAAUGUACAAAGGAAAGAAGUCUGACCCCAACAAACCCAAGAGACCGAUGACCGCAUACUUCAUCUUUCUGGGAGAUUUCCGCACAAAAAUGAAGAAUCGUGGUGUUGACCACAAAGAAAUUCUCAGACUAGCUGGAGAGGAGUGGCGUAAUAUGAGUGCAGAGCAGAAGAAACCCUAUGAGAAGCGAAGUGUUGAUGCUGGCAAGAAGUAUGAGUCAGAAAUGGCAGAGUACAGAAAGACUCAGGGUGCUGGUGGUACUAAGCGAGGGGCUGCACUGGGAGAUGAUUUGGAUGAUGAAGAGAACGGGGAUGAAGACGACGAGGAGGAAGAUGAGGAUGAUGAAGAUGAUGAUGACAAGUAAAAUAAUCUAGUGAUGAGAGACAUCUUUCUUUGCAGCUGUGGUCGGCUAUAAUAGACAUAAGUGACAGUUGCAGAACUUGAAUACCCACACACUACCCCAUGUUUUCUCUCUAAAAAAAAAAGGAAAAAAGACAACUCUUCUGUCUCCUGACUGGUCCAGUCAUUUCUCAGUGUAGUUAUCAUUUCUUUCAUCACCUUACACUCCUCUGACAGCUCUGUGCUCAUCAAAAUUUGAACAAAGACAGCAGAGUGCAGUGGGGUCACAAAGGAGCAAUCUCUUUAUAAGAAAUAAAAGUACACAAAACUUGAAGCUGCCUUUUUGUUGUCAGUAGAUAAAAAUCUGAAAGGUUCCUAAUUUUUGUGUAUAUGCAAACCUUUUGGCUGCUUCCACCAUCACAUGGGUUUGGUUGUACAGGUUUUGGGUGCAGCAAAUUAGCUUUAAAGAUUUUUCAUAUUAGUUCAUCUGUCACAUCAUGCCAACCAGUUUAUUUUUACAUAAUUUCUCACCAGCAUUAUCAUGUCUAUAUGAUAUCAUUUUUUUGUUAAAGAAUUUCAGACAGGCUGUGGUAUUGGGGAACAAAAUUAGUAUGGGUGGGGAAAGGGUUUUUUCUUUUCUGCUACUACCCCCUUUGAAAUAAAACAAAAAGACAAACCCCAACAGCAGAAUACUCAGGGAUCUGUCCUGUUGUAUCCGUCUCAUUGUCUGUUGUGGAUGCUUGGCAAGCUUUCAUACGUGUGUUGUAGGAAGCGGGGUUGCUGUUACAUUUGAAAGUUGGUAUACAUUUGGAAGUGAAAGACUAGAGCGCACAGUAAAAUUCUCUUAAUAGUUGAAUACUUUAGUAGAACAAGUCCGGCCUAUGCAUCAGAUCACAGCCUGGCAUUGCAUGGUAGCUAUUGUUCAUGCUGACCCCCAUAAUUACAGGUCAUCAUGUUUUCUUCACAUUGUUUUCCAACUUGUUUUAGAUUGGUCAUUUUAGAGUGUGUAGCAUAGGUGUACCAGUAUCACAACUUCGUUUUAUUCCGCCUGUGUUCAUAUUUUUACAUUGUCAUUCUUUGUGUUCAAUAAAAAGUAAUGUUGGAAAAAA